AGAGUGCAUGUAGAGUUUUUUACCAAUGAAAAAUCCAUCAAAGAGAGAUUACAACUUUAUUUUAUUAAAAACCAACGAUCUAGUUUACGUAUUAGAACAUUUAAUUUAAUAAUAAAAUUAUUAACAUGUAUUUUGUAUAUGGUUCGUGUUUCUAUGGACGACUCCUAUUCCUGCGAAUAUGGAGUAAGACAUUGUGUAAAUGGUACGACCCACAGAAAAAUAGACCCGGUUGAUUUCCAUGACAACCCUCAAAUUAACUGGGAUGCUAUUAUUUGGGUUGAUCGACAUUUUGUGGUGUGGAUCUGUCAAGUUACCGUGGCAAUCAUUAGUUUAGCAGAAACAAUUUUAGUUCAAUAUUUAAGUUAUAAGUUAUUUGAACCAUUACGUAAUUUAUUUAUACCAGUAUUUUUCAACUGCUGGCUGGCCAAACAAUCCAUGCAGAAAAUAUUUAGUGAUCUACAUCGAGUGAUGCAGAAGAAUCAGUCAGCUCUGGCUCAACAAUUAUUAAUACUUUGUGCUACUUUAUUGUGCCUUGUUUUCAUCAGUGCCUGUGGUAUUCAACACUUACAGAGAGGGGGCAAUCAUCAUUUUGGUGUGUUCGAAUCAUUCUGGUUAGUGGUAGUCACAUUAUCUACUGUUGGAUAUGGUGAUGUUUACCCAGAUAUUUGGCCUAGUCAACUCUUCAUGUUGGUGAUGAUCAUUUGUGCCCUUGUUGUCUUGCCUACACAGUUUGAACAGUUAGCAUGUACAUGGUUAGAACGUCAGAAAUUGGGAGGUACAUACAGUAGUCAUCGUGCCCAGACAGAAAAACAUGUUAUAGUAGUUACUACUACUCUACAGUCUGAUACUAUCAUGGACUUUCUAAAUGAAUUCUACGCUCAUCCCAUGCUGCAGGACUAUUUUGUUGUGUUAUUAUCACCAUGUGAAUUAGAUCCCACUAUGAAGAUGUUGUUACAAGUUCCUCUCUGGGCUCAACGUGUUAUUUAUGUUCAAGGUUCAGCUUUAAAAGAUGCUGAUUUGGCACGGUGCAGAGCUCAAGAUGCUGAAGCCUGUUUUAUUCUGGCAGCUAGAAACUAUGCUGAUAAAACAGCAGCAGAUCAACAUACUAUAUUACGAUCCUGGGCUAUAAAAGAUUUCUCACCAAAAUGUCCACUUUAUGUUCAAAUAUUCCGCCCUGAAAAUAAAUUCCAUGUCAAAUUUGCUGAUCAUGUAGUAUGUGAAGAUGAGUUUAAAUAUGCCUUGUUGGCUAAUAAUUGUUUGUGUCCAGGAACAUCAACAUUAGUUACUCUCUUAUUACAUACAUCUCGUGGACAAGAAGGACAGAUGUCAGGUGAUGAAUGGCAGAGAUUAUAUGGAAGAUGUUCAGGAAAUGAAAUCUAUCAUAUACGUUGUGGGGAAAGUAAAUUUUUUGGAGAAUAUAUCGGAAAGAGUUUUACAUACGCAUCAUUCCAUGCCCAUAGAAAAUAUGGUGUCAGUUUGGUAGGUGUACAGAAAGAUGUAAUAGGAUCCACUAUUCAACUGAAUCCUGGUCCAAGACAUAUCAUGAGGAAGUCAGAUUGCUGUUUUUAUAUGAAUUUAACAAAGGAAGAGAAUUCAGCAUUUAUAUUGGCACAUCCAAACCAAGAAAAUAACAACAGUCAACCUAGACUACCCACAGGUACAGAACCGCCUUCUAGGGUAGCUAGCAUGAUAGCAAGUAUAGGUAGGUUUAUAAAUAGUUAUCCCCAGGGAGUAUAUGAAUGUGGAGGGAAGGCAUGUUCGAUACCUCCUACUUUAUUUUAUACCUCAAUCAAAGUGUCCCUUCAAACCUUUGAUAGUGAUAUAGAAAGACAAGGUAGUAAACGCACCCAUCUCAACUUACCCAAAGGUUUAAAUAUACAGAGUUUACAGAAGCGACCUAGUAUUGCCCCGGUACCAGCUGUAUUAGAAACUAAUGAUGUUAGUAUUAAUAUACUAGCUGAUAAUCAGUCUGAUUCUGAUGAUGAUGAUGAUGCUAGCUCUAUAGAUAGUGAUGACAGUUCGAAUCCUGAAUAUGUACGAGGUUUCCCUCCAGUUACACCAUAUGUUGGUACAAGUCCUACCCUCUGUCAUCUGUCUCGUGAAAAACGUAGUUUAUGUUGUCUGGAACUCUGCCAGAAAUGUGAUCAUUGUAAUUAUACAAGUGCCAAAGAAUAUUGUUGGAGUUCACGUAUUAUAAUUGUAGCUGCUGAUUAUGCUAGUAAUGGUUUAUAUAAUUUUAUUGUACCAUUACGAUCUCAUGCUAGAGAAUCUGACUCUCUCAAUCCUAUAGUUUUACUAUUUGAACAAAAGCCUGAUAUUGGUUUUCUAGAGACUAUUUGUUAUUUUCCUAUGAUUUACUGGAUGUUGGGGUCUAUAGACUGUUUAUCGGAUCUGUUACGAGCUGGAAUCAACCUUGCUGAUAAUGUGGUUGUUGUAAAUAAAGAAAGUUCCAAUUCAGCAGAAGAAGAUACUCUGUCUGAUUGUAAUACAAUUGUCUCUGUUCAAACUAUAUUUAGAUUAUUUCCCAAUGCCAACAUAAUAACAGAAUUAACUCAGUCAUCUAAUAUGAGAUUCAUGCAGUUCCGGGCACAUGAUCUGGUGGCUCUAGCUAUUUCCAAACUAGAGAAGAAAGAAAGACAACGAGGUUCCCAUAUCUAUUAUAUGUUCCGACUACCAUUUGCCGCUGGUAAUGUGUUUAGUGCCAGUAUGUUGGAUACCUUGUUAUAUCAGGCGUUUGUCAAAGAUUAUUUAAUAACAUUUGUAAGAUUAUUACUAGGAAUAGACCAAGCUGUUGGUUCUGGACACCUUUCUUGUGUAAGUUUUUCAUGUACUUUAAUGAAGAUCACCAAAGAAGAUCUGUGGAUUCGAACGUAUGGUAGAUUGUAUCAGAAACUAUGUUCUACCACAUGUGAGAUACCUAUAGGUAUAUAUAGAACCCAGAAUCAACAUUGUCCUGAAUUGUCUUCGGUAUUCAUGUGUUCUAGUCGACUCAGUAAAUGGGUACAUACAGAUAAUCAGGAAAGAUCAGCUGGUAGAGAGGAUCAUUUUGAACCUAAGUAUAUAGAGAUUGUGUACAGAUGCCAUGACAAUUUAGGCUUAGGAUGUAUCAAGGAGGUGUACAGUUCAUACAGAAUGAAUGCAAGAGAUGAAAUAAAGUUGAAUAUUCAAGACAACCUCUCAAAGGCAGAGAUUAUUCAGAUGGUAAAGUGUAGAAUGCAAAGUCAAGGUUUGCCUCUUGAUGAAUAUGAUGAAUCCAGUGAUAAAAGAACAUCAGUAUCCUAUGCUAUUAUUAAUCCUAACUAUGAUCUGAAACUGGAGUUAGGAGACGUAGUGUACUUAAUACGACCAAGUUCUCUUUCACCUCAA